UAAAUUAUUAGCAUUAUCCCUUUGCCUUUUGUUCAACAGAUGAUAGUGUGAGUCUUAAGUAACCCCACAAUCCCAAUCAUUUCUUACCAGGUGUUCUUAUGCAAUCUCUCCAUAAUAUUUAUAUUUAUAUAUAUAUAUAUAUACAUGUGUGUGUGUGUGUGAGUUUUAGCCUCUUGCAAAAUAUUGCACCAAAAUUACUCAUUUUUGUUGGUUGUAAUAAUACAACCAAGCUACAAGUGAGAAGAAUAGUUCUUACAAAACUUGUAAUCAAUGAGUUUGUGAUUCACUCUUGGUGUAAUUAUCAGUGUUUUUUUCUUGCAAAUUUAUGUAAAUUUUUGGAUUGAUUUCUAGGCGUUCAUCUUGUGUUGAUGCAGCUAAAAUAUAUGAAUGUGGAAACAAAGUGGAAAAAUCUUGUCUGAAUCAAAACAACAAGUCAAUAGUCAAAACCCUGAACAGUGCAAAAGUGGCACACACACACACUCUCUCAAUACCAGGAUCCAAUUUUUUUUCAGACAAAGAUGCCAUUUUCUGCCUAGGGAUUUCAAGAUUUUACCUUUUGUCCUUCACAUUCCUUUCCCUUUUGCAAAAAAGUAAAAAAUAACAAAAAAAUAAAAAUAAAAAUAAAAAUCAAUCAAACCACCAUUACAGCACUAAAAAGAACACCUCCCCUGUUUCUCUUUCCCCCUUUUUCUCCUUCAAGUCUUCCCACCUUCUUCAAUCAAUCAACUCAAAAAACAUCAUCAAUUGUUUUCUUCAAGAAGACGAUGCUGGAACCUUGAAAUCUCACAGAAUUGCAACAAGACAAAAGAGGGUGAGAGAAAAAAAAAUCGUUUGUUGAUGGAUCCGAAGAACUCAAAGCAGCCGCAGGAGAUGGCGAACCACAGCAGCAACAACAACAACGCAGGUGAAAUCAAAGGUGCAGAGAUGAAGGAUUUCCAGAUUGUAGUGGCGGAAAAAGACGAGUCCAAGAAGCACGCUCUGGCUCCGAAGCGGAGCUCCAACAAGGAUCGCCACACCAAAGUCGAGGGCCGCGGCCGCCGAAUUCGGAUGCCCGCCCUCUGCGCCGCUAGAAUCUUCCAAUUAACCAGAGAAUUAGGGCACAAAUCCGACGGCGAGACCAUCCAGUGGCUGCUGCAGCAAGCGGAGCCAUCGAUCAUCGCCGCCACGGGGAGCGGCACCAUCCCCGCCUCCGCCCUAGCAGCCGCCGGUGGUGCGAUUUCACAGCAGGCCACCUCGAUUUCGUCGGGGCUCCAUCAGAAGAUUGAAGAUUUAGGUGUUACGAUGGGUGGGGGCCGGAGCCCCUGGCCUAUGAUUGGUGGGAACUUGGGGAGGCCUCAUGUGGGCGUCAGCACAGGAUUAUGGCCCCCCGCCGGCUUCGGUUUUCAGACAUCCUCGUCCUCCUCGUCAUCCUCUGGCCCGUCAAUGGCGGCGGAGAAUCCUAGUUAUCUUCAAAAAAUGGGUUUCCCUGGAUUUGAGCUGCCCGGUGGGAAUAUGGGGCCAAUGAGUUUCACCUCAAUUUUGAGCGGCGGCGCUCAGCAGCUGCCCGGAUUGGAGCUUGGCCUAUCACAAGAUGGAAAUAUUGGCGUGCUCAAUCCUCAAGCAUUCGGGCAGUUUUAUCAGCAGAUGGCACCGGCGGCGCGUGUUGCCCACCACCAUCAGCAGCAACACCACCACCACCAUCAGCAGCAGCCUUUGUCGCCCAAGGAUGAUGAUUCUCAAGAAUCAGGACAGUAGAUUGUCUGAAAUACUAAAAAACAUUAAUACUAAAAAUGGUUGCUUUGUUUUUUUGGGAUGGAUUGUGUGGGUGAUUGGGUUUUCUUUUUUUAUUUUUCUUUUUUCUUUUUGUUGCAUUAGUGUAUAAAUCUCAAGAAUGAUAGAUAUAUUCAUCCCACUAUUCAGAUAGAUACCGAUUUAUUUUA